AUGGACCUUACGAAGUCUAUUUCCCAACAAACCAGAGCGAAUUCUGGCCAGAAACGCUUUUCUGCAUCAACUCCAGACAUUUGUUCCGACUUUUUAUACACCACUACGGAAUCAAGAUGUCCUUCGGGUGGAUUUUCGGAGUUGGAGAGGUGGUCGUCUUGGGGCCUCCACUCAGGACCAGAAUUGACGUCUGGGAACUUGGUCAAUUUAAGCCUUUAUGAACCUUUUUCGAAUACCAACCGACAAUUUGCUUCGUCGGAGCCACAAGACUGGAGCCAUUCAUAUACUUCUGUCGCGAAAGGUGUAACAUUUCCGUUGACUUCAAGUCUCACCGGUCAUAGUUCGGCUAUGUAUGGCGAUGUUAAUACCAUCACGAUGUCUGUACUUGACUUCAAUAAUUUCGAAGAAGAUAACAAUAUCCAUAUGAGCUGGGUUAACUUACACGAUUUUAAUAAUCCAGCAUCUAUCGGUGCCAUUCUGAAACUUCCAAACAACGAAAAUAGCAUAAGACACAAUUAUGUUGUCCCCUGCGCUGUCGAUGCCAGAUGGAUUUCUGCCGAAUUAAGUAUGGAGCCUGCAACAAGCCAAAGUGUCUUUGGUAAUUUCGGGGAGCUUAGGGGAUUUCUCUGGUUUGGGGGCUUUUAUUUCAGACGCCAAUGGAAGUCGAUCUCCAGGCUUGGCUUCUGUCGUGGGUGA